AUGUCGUUCAAAACAUUCAAAUUAAUAAGUGCUCUCGUAUUCCUAACAUUUAAGCGCGGUGUAGCCACGGAAGACUCGUCCGGGACCGUACCAAGCUUUUCAUCAAUAGCUGAAGCCCUCGGAUACGAUUGCAUUGUUCACACGAUCACAACGAAAGACGGUUACAUACUCACUCUGUUCAAUAUACCGGGUAACAAAACCAGGCCGAUUUUUUUUAUGCACGGAUUCGGAGAUUCCUCACGCACGUUCAUAGUCCGAGGGAACACAUCUAUGUUGGUAUCCGUGGCCAAAGCCGGGUAUGACGUGUGGGCCGGGAACAUGAGGGGGAAUGAAUACUCCCGCGACCACGUGACGCUGAACGCAGAUAUAGACGUCGCGGCCUACUGGAAUUUUUCGUACCACGAAGUCGGCGUGUACGAUCUGCCCGCCCAAAUCGAUUACAUACUGAACAAGACCCAACAAAAUCGACUGAGUGUCAUAAGUCAUUCCCAAGGAAGCGCCGUAUUCUUCGUGCUCUUAUCCACUUACCCAGAGUACAAUGAAAAGAUUCGACCCCUAAUAACACUAGGGCCUUUAUCAUACGCUCAAAACAUACGACCUCCAGUUAGAUUAUUGAUUCUAAUCGCGCCCGUUUUGGAGGUAAUAUUCAAGGCAUUAAACCAGUACGAGCUGUUUGAUAGAACUACGAGACUCAUCGUAGAAUUGCUUUGCAGUCUCCGACCGUUCGGUGGUGAAUUGUGCGAAGCCAUACUGCUGAGCACGGCGGGACAAAGCGACGACACGUUCAAAGGAGGAUUCAUUCGCACGGUCAUAAAUUACUACCCGGUGAGCACUUCAGUUAAGAACAGCCUGCACGUUGCCCAAAACAGUAACAGCAGAAGGUUCGCCCAAUACGAUUACGGUCCGGCGGCGAACAUCGCUAGAUACGGCAACGCUCUUCCACCGGCUUACGAUCUGAGCAAAGUGAACUGCAGCGUAGCAAUUCUCAUGGCCAAAAACGACAAGCUGUCGCCAAUCGAAGAUAACUCGCUGUCCCGGAAUGUAGACAGCGGGCAGUACCGUAGUACAACAAUGGGCAGUACCGAAGUAGAUAAUGGGCAGUACCGACGUAAGCAAUGGGCACUACCGAAGUAA